AUGCCACCUAAGAAAGGAGUGGGCACUUCUAAAGGGAAGCAGCCUGCAAAGCGGCCUCCCGCUAAGCGGGCCCCCCCCCCUGCAUUGUCCUCAUCGGAUGAUGAGGGUGUUGAUGGGGCUCAGCAGGAGAUUUUGGCCCGCAUAGCGGCGUUGGAGAGCAGUCGGGGAGUUUCCGCUGCUUCUGUUGGGGGUGCAAAGAGGCCUAGGUCCACUAGGGCAUCUUCUCGCGUGGCUUUUCAGACAGAGGUUCUUAAACGUUUGUCUGCUCUUGAAGGUACUGCCAACCAAGGUGGGGAUGAUGCCAGCGGAGCUAUAGAGCCGGGGGAGACAGACCUUCCUGGAGAGUCGGGUACUGACGAUCAAGCUGGAUCACAGGUGGCCCUGCCAGUGGCGGUAGCGGUUGAUAACGCCUUGGGAGAUGGUGCUGUGGCGCAUCGAGGAAGGUGCUCUAUCCUUAUCUGCGGGCACAGCUUCGUCUUUUGGGCCGCCCACCAGGCUAAGAGGACGGCGUUCGGGUCCCAGCUUGGCCUGAGCCAGUGGGCUACGGUGGAGUGGCAGGGCCGUCGAGGCCUGCGUUGGCCUGGUCUGCUUCCACUAUUAUUUGAAGGGAGGUGUGCCCCUCCACCUCAUAUUCUCGUCAUUCACCUGGGGGGGAAUGACUUGGGUUUGGUGAAGGGCAAGGCCCUGUCACUGCAGGCCCAGGCAGACUUGCGGUUGAUAGGCAAGCGCUGGCCUGGUGUCUUAAUCAUUUGGUCCGAUAUUCUACCCAGGAGGGUUUGGCGGGAGGCCUUGGAUGCUAAAGCUAUAGAGGGAGCACGUUAUAAGGCCAAUAAGGCCUUACACAAGGCUUUGGAGAAGGGGUUGGGGGUUUAUUUGCCCCACCCCGGUAUAAGGGCUGCUCUGCCGGACCUCUACCGAGGUGACGGAGUUCAUCUUUCUUUUAAAGGCAACAACAUAUUUUUAGACGACUUGCGGCGGGGAUUGCUGGAGGCGUUACGCCAUAUUUGGGGUGUCGAGGCCUAA